CAAGAAAAUGUCUUUUCAAGGUUUCCAAACUGUUGUGAAAGGGGAAGCUUCUGAGACAGAUGAUGAAGAGGAAUUGUAUGUGUCCUCUGUUCCAUCAAGUUCAUUUUCUAGCCUGUGUGGUGUGAAAGUCCAAGGAGAAGCAUCAGAGACAGAUGAUGAUGAGGACCCUGCUGAGAAGAUAAAGCCACCACCUCGUACUAUACCCAAGGACCUCCCACCUCUGGUGGUCAUGAGAGACAUUGGUGAAGAUUCUCCAGUUGGAUUAGAAGAGAAGCCUACAGUUAAUAUUAGGCAACAAGGUCGCUACAGUUCACUGCUGCAGCAGAAACUUCUAGAGAGCAAUGCCCGACUCUAUCAUGAUGUCAACAACGCCAUCAGACAAGUUUAUCACACGGCUACCAGUGAAAUACGGACCUUGACCAGUCAGCUCAGCAACUCCCAAACUGGCAUCAUCAAUGCAUCUCACAGUAUCAGGCUCGCUCUUGAGGACUUGAAAGGGGUUUUGGAAAAAAUUGACAUUAUUACUACCUGCAAUUUGCUUCCAGAUAUUCAGAUUUAAAGGGAUAUGAAACCCAAAAUGUUAUUUUGUGAUUC